AUGAAAAUUAUCUUCUUCUUAUUCUUAUUAAUAAUUUAUCCAAAUUUAGUCAAAACAUUGCAAGAAUAUUCCAUCGAAAUUUCAGUAAAAGAAGAACAAGAAAAUGGAACAAUAAUAAUUGAUUUAUUCUCAUAUAUUCCAACAUUAACAAAUUCAAAUGGAUAUUUAAUAAAAUUUGUUCGUCCAUGUCAAAAUCUUUAUAUCGAUAAUCAAAAUCACAAUCUAAUUCGUUCAUUAAAAAUUGAUCGAGAAGAAAUUUGUCCAUAUGAAAUCAAUUGUUUAUUAAAUUGUAAUUUAUUUCUACAAAAAUCCAAAGAAGAAAUGAAAUUAAUCAAAUUAAAAAUCAAUAUUGAAGAUAUCAAUGAUAAUAAAGCUAAAUUUAAACGAAAAUUUUAUUCCUAUGAAUUAGAUGAAAAUCUAUCAUUAAAUUAUCAUUUACAAUUAGAACAAGCUGAAGAUAAAGAUUUAUUUUCUAAGAAUUUUUAUUCUUUAAAUAUUUCUUCUUCGUCUUUUCCAUUUAAACUAAAUUAUAAUGAAGAAAAUCAUUUACUCGAAUUAAUUCUCAUCAAUAAAUUAGAUAAAAAUAUAAAAAAAUAUUCAUUUGAAUUAAUUGUCAAUGAUAAUGAAAAUGAAAUCGAUGAUAAAUGUCUAAUUGAACUAAAUAUUUUAUUUAACCAACAACUCAAUUCUUAUCCACCUGAAUUUGAAUUCAAAUCUUAUAAAUUUAUUAUUUAUAAUUUCAAUCAAACAUUCAUUGGACAAGUUAAAAUCAAAAAUUCGAAAGAAAAUAAUGCAGUUUAUUAUCGUUUAAUCUCAUCAUCAUCACUGGAAGAGAAUUUUAAUUUAUUUCAAAUUAAUGAAAAAACAGGAGAAAUUUCUUUUAAAGAAAAUACUUUUCAAACAAAAAAUUUUAACGAAAUUUCUUCUUAUAAAAUCUUCAUCGAAGCUUUUGAUUUAAAUUAUCUUUCAUCAUUAACAACAGUGGAAAUUUAUUUUAAUUUUACAAAUUCUUUUCUUCAACAACAAAAUCAAAAUUAUUUUAUCGAAAUUUUAAUUCCAAAAUUAUUUCAAAAGAAAACAAAUUUAGAUUUGAAUUCAAAUGAAAUUUUUCUCAAAGAAAAUCUAACAAAUCUUCCAUUGACAAUUCUUCAGUUAUUUAUUUCAACUUCAUCUUCAUCUUCAUCUUUUCCUUCUCUCUUUAAUAUUUCAAUGAACUCAACAACAUUAUCUUCAACUGAAUUAAAUUCGUAUUUUUAUUUAAAACAAAUUAAUGAUGAUAAUGAACAAAAAUCAUUUGAAUUAAUUCUUAAAAAAUCAUUUGAUUAUGAAAUUAUGAAAUUAAUUCAUUUAGAUUUUAUUUUAAAUCAAAAUAAUUUCACGAGAAAAUCUUUAACAAUUUUUAUUGAAAAUAUUAAUGAUUGUCAACCGACUUUUAAUCAAACACAAUUUCGUUUUCAAAUCAAAGAAAACUUUCAUUUUCCUUUUCUUCUUUAUACUUUUCAAGCUCAAGAUCAAGAUGAUUUAAAUAAUAUUCAGUAUUAUUUAAAAACCAAAGAUGAAAAUACAUUUGCAAUAAAUUCAACAAAUGGACAAUUUUCAAUAUUAAAAUCGUUUGAUCGAGAAAUCAAAUCAAAUUAUUCAUUAUUUAUUUGUGCAUUUGAUCAAAUCUAUGAAACAUGUUUAUCCAUAUUUAUUGAGAUUCUCGAUGAAAAUGAUAAUAUUUGUCAAUUUAAUUCUUCAUCAAUCACAUUAACAAUCAAUGAAAAUCUUCCUCCAAAUACAUUUUUAAUUCAAAUUCAAGCAUUUGAUCUUGAUUUAAAUGAAUAUGGAAAAUUAUUUUAUUCAUUUUCAUCAAACACAACUUAUUUGAAGAUUAAUUCAACAAAUGGAAUUAUUCAAACAACAAAUCAUUUAUUUGAUUAUGAAGUAAUUCAAAAAUAUUCAAUUUUAAUUAAAUCUUGUGAUAAUAUCAACUCACUUCCAUCUUUAUGUUGUUAUUUACAAUUAAAUAUUAAUUUAAUUGAUUUAAAUGAUAAUUUACCUUAUUUAAUUUAUCCUCCAUCAUCAUCACUUCAUGAUUUAUUUAUUAUUAAUUAUACAAAUAAAAUAAUGCCACGUUUAAAAGCAUUUGAUAAUGAUAUUCAAUUGAAAAAUCGUUUCAUUUUUUAUUUUAUUAUUGGUGGAUCACUCAAUUCAUCAAUCACCAUUGAUUAUUAUUCGGGACAAUUAAAUCUUCUCGAAUCAAAAUCAAAUCAACUUCCUCUUUAUGGGACACUGAUCAUUUCGAUUUCAUCACAAACGAAUAUUUCAUUAACUAUUCUUAUUCAUGAUUAUCACACCGAUCCACAAACAUUUAUUAUGUCAUUAAAACAACAACAACAAGACCAAUCAUCAUCAUCAUUAUCUUCAAUUCUUUCUCCAUUAUUUUAUUUUAUUUCUUCAAUUUCUCUUAGUAUUUUUAUUUUAUUAUUCAUUUUUCUUACUUUUUUCUAUUUUUAUUUGAAACAAAAAUCAAAACAUCAAACUAAUUCAUUAAUUAAUACACCAUCAACAACAACGCUUUCUGCUCGAUCAUUAUCAACUAAUAAAAAAAUCUAUGAAACAUAUUAUUCAUUUGGAGAUACUGUUCAUCAGGAUAUUAUUCAUCUAUGA